CAAAACAGAGCCAGGUUCUGAGUUUGUGGAUCUGUUGAAGGAACAAGUACGACCGCCCUCCAAGGCGGAUUGGGUGUUGCCUGUGCCGCUCAAUAUCUUUUUGGAUCAAGACACAGCCCAGACCAUUCUGCGGGAGGCUGAAAAACUGAAGACCAAAAACCAUGUGGCCUAUGUUGUGGUGGAGGGUACGCGCGAGGGUGAGGAGGAGAUAGAUGCCAAACAGAGAGGAUCGCAGAAAGCUAUGAAAUUGCAGAAGCCAAGUGCGUCUGUGCAGCCUCCCAAACAUGUAAUGUUCAGGAGGAGUUCUCGCACGCAAUACAACCCCGAUGUUCGGUACUUCUGGGAUAAUGGUGUGGGCGAACUAAUUCAUACCGUCGGUGCGGAUACUAAGAAAGCGAGCCUCCCGCUCGAUGAUAUCGCCCGGCCUGUCAGUGAAGAAGAAAGCCAAGGUCUUGUGACCAUACCUGCUAAGCUGAAAGAAGCGGUAGCACAUCUCCGCAAGGAAGUUCCCGAAGACGUAAUCAAAUACAAAUCAAUUAACGCGCUCAUUGCAACGUUUGAGGUCAACAUUAUGCGCAAAACCGUGGGCUUUGAUCAAAAGGAUCUGCUAACUUUCGAGGAGGACAUUCUAAAAAUAGAAAAACGCGCGUACACAAAAAAGUCGUCUAAGCCGCUGACCGAACUCAUCGACAAGCUAAUCGACAUGGCCGAUAUAGCGCUGACGCUGAAACCUUUCUCCGUUACGGAUAAACUGGAGACCCCUCCCAGUGGCGACAAGCACGACUACUACACACCCGCGCCGUACUACUGGCCCAAUCUUGACAACCCCAAAGGGCCGUACAUAGUGCGCGAUGGCGAGCGAAUUCCGGGUACUGGACUAUACGAUGAGCAAUGUGAGAAAUUCGAUCGCAGUCGGUUGUCCUCUUUCUUCGGGAAUACCACCACUCUCGCGCUGGCAUGGUACUUUACGGAUGAUGAAAGGUAUGCUGAGCAUGCCGCAAGCAACAUCCGCGCGUGGUUUGUUGAUAAGGAGACCCGCAUGAACCCACACAUGAAGUUUGCGCAGUUGCGUACGGGCCACAAGAAGGAUAUAAUCAAUGGCGGGUUCCAGAGUGGUAUCAUUGAGACGAAGGACCUAUACUUUGUGCUGGACACUGUUCGGCUCAUCCACAGGUCGGGAAAGCUUUCGGCGGCGGAGUACAAACAGGUUCAAACGUGGACAGGCGCGUUCCUCAAGUACCUCACCACCAAGAAUCAAGGUGUGAACGAACGGAAGAGCAGGAACAACCACGGCACUUACUACGAUGUACAGGUUGCGGCAUUGGCUGCGUUUGCGGACGAUGUGGUUCUAUUCCGUCGGCAAAUGGAGCGGAGUCGUGCGCGCGUAAUUGAUCAGUUUGCAAUCGAUGGGUCGAUGCCAGAUGAGAUGAAGCGGCCUACACAGCUGCACUACAUGCUCUUCUCUCUCCAGGGCUGGUACACUCUGGCUACGCUAGCAACCAAAGCGGGCAUAGACAUAUAUGGGUUUGUUCCCCCCGCGCACAAGGCACCCGUUCUGCGCAAUGCCGCCAUAUUUACCGUACCGUACUUCAACGAGACGUGGACACACCACCAGACGGAAGAGGAGGAUAUGGAACGUAUGCUUCCUUUGUACUUCAUGGCUCGCAGGCAGUACCCCGAUCUCACAGUGGUCAAGUAA